UGAAGACUCGGGCGAGCGGCUCGCACCGUCGCUCCAGGCUGCCCCGGAGCCUCCGCCGCGCGCGCCGUCGCCAGCCUCGCGAAUAACAAAAGAACGUGGAAAAGUUGGAGAAGAUAAAGUAUAUUUAGUAUCCAGAUCAGGAGAUCAACAAGCCAGGAAAUGCACAAUUUUGAGGACGAGUUAACAUGUCCCAUCUGUUACAGUAUUUUCGAAGACCCUCGAGUCCUGCCAUGCUCUCACACGUUUUGUAGAAAUUGUCUGGAAAAUGUUCUUCAGGCAACUGGAAACUUUUAUAUAUGGAGGCCUUUGCGAAUUCCACUCAAGUGUCCUAACUGCAGAAGUAUUAUUGAAAUUUCUUCAACUGGUAUAGAAUCCUUACCUGUAAAUUUUGCAUUGAGAGCAAUUAUUGAAAAGUACCAGCAAGAAGACCACCCAGAUGUUGUCACCUGCCCUGAACACUACAGGCAGCCAUUAAAUGUUUAUUGCCUACUAGAUAAAAAAUUAGUUUGUGGCCAUUGUCUUACUAUAGGCCAACAUCAUGGUCAUCCUAUAGAUGACCUUCAAAGUGCCUAUCUGAAAGAGAAAGAUACACCUCAGAAGCUGUUUAAACAGUUAACCGACACACACUGGACAGACAUCACCCGUCUUAUUGAAAAGCUUGAAGAACAGAAGUGUCAUUCUGAAAAAAUGGUUCAAGGUGAUAAGGAAUUUGUUCUGCAGUAUUUUAAGGAGCUUAGUGAUACAUUAGAACAGAAAAAGAAAUUUUUUUUGGCAGCUCUUUGUGACGUUGGCAAGCUGAUCAAUCAAGAAUACACUCCGCAGAUUGAAAGGGUGAAGGAGAUCAGAGAAGAGCAGCUGGAGUUAAUGACAGUGACUACAUCUUUACAAGAUGAGGCUCCACUCAAAUUCCUAGAAAAAAUUGAUGAUGUCCGCCAGCGUGUGCAGAUGUUGAAACGGAGACCACUCCCCGAGGUCCAGCCUGUUGAGAUUUAUCCUCGAGUAAGCAAAGUAUUAAAGGAAGAGUGGAGCAGAACAGAAAUUGGACAUAUCAAGAAAGCUGCCAUUCCUGAAAUGAGAAUUUCUUCAAAAAGGAUGCCAUGUUCCUGGCCUGACAAGGAUGAAAAAGAACUCGAAUUCUUUAAAAUUUUAAAUAUUGCUGUAGUUUCACUGAUUUCAGUGAUAUUAAUGUUGAUACUCUUUUUCAACCAACACAUAAUCACCUUCCUAAAUGAAAUCACUUCAAUAUGUUUCUCUGAGGUCUCUUUGUCUGUUUACCAAAGUUUAUCUAAUAACUUAAAUGACUUAAAAAAUAUGGUAUAUUACACUUUAUAUUUGUUAAAGGAAAUCAUGUUGAAAAUAGUUUCUCGUUGAGAACCCAAGUGAACAGUUUUAAGUGGGCUUCUCCUGUUUAGCAGAAGCUAACCAUUGCUAGAUGGAAGUUGGGUAGUACAAGUAGCAAACUUACAUAGAAAUAUGGUAAACCUUCCAUGGUUGGAUAGAAAUGAUGCCAGAAAUGAUAUAUUAUCUGAAAGAUUAUUCAACUCAAAUUAGAAAAUUAUUUUUGAUUUGAAUAUUUUUUGGCUUGAUAUUCAAAGUUUUAAAUCUAACAAGCAUAUCUUUUUUUACUAUAACAUGCUACAGUAGCUUUUCAGUUCUUUGUAUAUGUAGAUAUUAGAUUAGAAAAAAUUGACAAGAUCCUUGAUCCACAUUAUCUAUCUUGAUGUUAUUUGAAGCUUUUCAGUGUAUAGAUGUAGGUGGGAAAAGUUUUAAGAUUCAGGCUAGGAUUGCUUAAACUUCUUUUUUGGUCAAACAUAAAUCAGAAACAUUCAUUCCAAAUAGAGCUUUUGGAUAAUGCCAAGUGUCUAGUACUUAUUUUAUAGAAACUUUGGUUGUGUUUAGAAUUUGAGUUUAAUGGCUAGAGAAUCUCUUAAGUCAGGGUCAGUCUGGGUAUUGUAUUGACAUCUCUAAAAACCAAACAGGUUAAAAACGAGGCGGAGCCCUUGCCUUGUCUCCAGCACCAGAAAGCAAAACAAUUAUUUUGUUUUUGUAGUGUUUUAAUCUUGUUCUUACAUAAAAAGUAUAUUAAACAUGUAUGACAAUCAUGUAAACUAUAUCUUAAAAUGAUCUCUAUAGCCCAAGUACUGGGAAUUAUGAGUUGCCAUAAAUUAGAUGAUCUUAAAAGAUCUCAGUAAGGCAACCUUUAAUUCCCUGAACAAGGACUAGCAUGAUGUUUGUAGUGUAACUUUGGAUCACUGUCACUAAAAUACCCAAAUGGGCUAUUCUUGAAUCCCUAGCUCUGGGGAUCAUUAGGGCCUGGAGAGAUGGCUCUCCCAGAGGUUCCGUGUUUAGUUCCCAGCAACCAUAUGGUGAUUCCAUGACCAUGUAUGAGAUCUGUGCUCUCUUCUGGCAUGUAGGUAUAUAUGCCAGCAGGAUGCUGUAUGCAAAAAAGUUUAAUCAUUAGGUCCACUUAACAGAUCAGAUUUUAUCCAGCAUUAUUAUUAUAUAUAGAGGCCAUUUGGAAGAUGGAGUGGAGGUGAGGGGGUACAGUAUUCAGUUUUUAACAGACACAUAGGUCAUACUGAGUGCUAUUUUUAAAUGUAAAUAUUAGCAAAGAAUGUUAGCUAAGAUGUUAUUCAAGGGGAUACUAACUUCUUUGUACAGAUGAUCAACAAACUAAAGUAAUACAGUGCCGUAUUAGGUGGGAGAAUGUUCUCAUCAGUGUUUAUCAUGCUUUAAAAACUGGAGCAGGCCAAGACUGGUGUUAUUAACCGAAACUUACGUACAUUACAUUCCAAACUAAACAAGCAUAUGCCGAGUAUUACCUUAAAGGCUUGACAAUUUUAGUGUUUUCUGGUAAGUUAUUAUAUACUGUUUUAUAUCUUUACUAUUAGGCUGAGAUUGUACAAAAAACACAUUUGGAAAUUCUGGGUUUUAUGUGCAACAAUAUAUUUGAAUAAACUUAAU